AGUCAUUGGUGGCUUUUUUUUUUUUUUUUUUUUUUUUUUGUGUUUCUCUGAGCUAGCUUUCAAAGUUUCAACCAAACACCCCCUCAGCACCAAAACCAACGCUACCCCAAUCUGGGUUUCAACUCUGAUUCUUUACCUUAAUUUGGAAAAACAAAAUGCUGCCAUUUCUCGCUCUGGGCUUGUCUCUCUUUUAGCUUCUCUGGUACCCAUUAAACCUCCAUUUUUGGCAACUUUUUUUUGUUUUUUUGGUGAUAGGAAAAAGAAGAAGGAGAAGAAGAAGAAGUAGUUUGAGAUUAGAGAUUUUAUAGAUGGCUCGAGAAAAGAUUCAGAUCAGGAAGAUCGACAACGCGACGGCGAGGCAAGUGACUUUUUCAAAACGGCGAAGAGGGCUUUUCAAGAAAGCUGAGGAACUCUCUGUGCUCUGUGAUGCCGAUGUUGCUCUUAUCAUUUUCUCUUCGACUGGAAAGCUCUUUGAGUACGCCAGCUCUAGCAUGAAAGAAAUUCUAGAAAGGCAUAAUUUGCACUCGAAGAAUCUUGAGAAACUCGAACAGCCAUCUCUCGAGUUGCAGCUGGUGGAGGACAGCAACCACUCUAGGUUGAACAAGGAAAUCGCAGAGAAAAGUCAUAAAUUAAGGCAGAUGAGAGGUGAAGAACUUCAUGGAUUAAACAUAGCAGAACUGCAAGAGCUAGAGAAGUCCCUUGAAGCUGGUUUGAGCCGUGUGUUAGAAAAGAAGGGUGACAAGAUUAUGAGAGAGAUCAUUGAUCUCCAAAGAAAGGGAAUGCAAUUGAUGGAAGAGAAUGAACGAUUGAGACAGCAAGUGGUGGAUAUAUCUGAUAACCAUAAGCAUGUUGGAGGCGAUUCGGAGAACGUUGUUACCGAGGAAGGCCAGUCGUCUGAGUCCGUCACCAACGGUUGCAACUCCGGUGGCCCUCCUCAAGACUACGACGACAGUUCAGAUACGUCUCUCAAGUUGGGGUUGCCUUACUAGGGUUGAACCGGAAUUUGGGAGAAGCAAGGCAGAUUAAGAAAAGGAAGAGAAAUUAAUGAGUUGAUUAAUUUCUUUGGUUUGAGAUAAUUCUACUUGCAAUCCAUUGUUAUAACAGAAUGUGAAUCAAACCCCUCUUUGUCUUAGUAGCAAGGUAUCAUAUAUUAUAUAUAUAUAUAUAUGUUAUCGCCAUCAAUGAGCAAUGUAUCUUUAUUUAACCUUUCAAACA